UUUAAUUUCUGUUAAUUUCUUUUUUUUGUUGCAUUUCUGCAUACUGCAUCUUGUUCAUAAAUUCGCAAGAGUAUAAAGAUUGGGCAGCCGUAGCAGCGUUAUCAGCUCCGCGGCAAUGGCGACCGCCGACGUGGAUCGCAUAGAUGCUAUAAAACUGGUCCGAGGGCUUGAUCAAACAGGCCCUGGCAAGAAUGGCGAGAAUAUAAUUGCACUCUGGACCACUCUUACAUCCGCAUCGGAGCGUUCAUUUCAUGCUGCAGAAGAGAGUAGUUUGCGAUGGCUCCUGAAAUCUAUGAACGGAAAAUCGGCCGAUGCAGAGACUAUACGACGGUUCCCACUGACAUGGGCUAUUUUAGAAUGCGUCUUUCAAAGAAUACCGCUCUUCUCUCUGGCCAAGUCUUUGGCGGAUAGGAAAUACCUAUCGACUUUACAACAAACACUCAACGAUAUUUCCCAGACCUCCCCGACAACUACUGACUCAACCAAGAAACGAAAGCGAUCUGAGACAGCUCUAUUUUCGUUAGAUACGUUAAAACAGCCUGAUUAUUGCUUGGAGACUGCAGCGAAUGUCUUCAAAGCUAUCAAAGCGCUGCUCGACCGCCUCGACGACCCGACCAUCGUUUUGGGUCGAGAUAAGAUCGGAGCCGAACAUAUAAAGUCACUUUUCUGUAAUUCAGCUGCGGAUUCUGUUCUGUUGAUGGCGCCAGCAUUGGCACUCUGCAAGUCGUUGCUAGCAAGCGAGGCCUUUGAUACCAUUGGAUGCGAGAGUUGGCCGUCGACAAUAUCCGCAAUCUGGGCCCUGCAUUUACAAGCUAGUACGGACCCAAUGGACAUUGCACUGCAUCUCUUUUCAAGCUAUGCAACUCUAUUUGCAGAGAUUUCAGGAUUGAAUGGUACCCAACCGUUGUCGUUGCCCCCAACAGUCAAGCUUCAAUGGGAAGCCGCCAUCCAACUCUUUUUGCAGCGAAACUUGAUUCUACCAGCGAAAGAGGCCUACCUGAAUAGCCAAAGUUUUGAAAUACUCUCCAAAGCGCUUGAUAUGUCCGAAUCACAAAUCAACCGUACAGCUCCGGCUCUCUGUCAGCUCGCUCUGGGCUCCCCAGAACAGCUUCAAGGAAAGGAGAGACGCAGACAUGCUGUUGAAUGGCAGAAGGAGCUAUUCCGUACAAUAGAGGAAUACGUUGGAAAAUGUGCCGACAAAAACGAGCUUCUGAGCGUCAUCCUGGAACAGGCCGUUCAGCACUCCGCUUCGAUCGACGUUAAGGACCUACGACGGGCUUGCCAUUCUUAUGCCUUUGCUGGCAAGACUACGGAUUGGGCUGUUCUAGCGAAUAUUUCGACAUGCGAUCCAACUAUAUUCCAAUCUAUCGGAGACGGAAGUGACCUGCUGGAAUCGUUCUGCGAGAGAGUUGUUACAACCUCACCAGAGGAGCUUGCACAGUGGUCUACUCCACUUGCCCGUAUCGUCGAAUCAGUGAAGAAAUCAUUUGUUCUUCGAAGAGAUGUUAUCGGAUACCUCGAACUUUGGUACACUCAGCUGUGUAAAUCGGAAAAGAAAUCUUUGGCCGACUCUCCCUGGCUCACGGCAAAUCUCCAAGAUUCGACGUCUGGUUUGCGCCUCUCCCUUGUAGAGACACUCAUGUCUCCCCACCAGACUGUUGAAUUUAUUGAGUGGGUUCAGAAACAGGACCAAUCAUCUUAUCCGCAGUCAAUUUGCAUCAUAUUCAACGCGAUGACUGAAGGGUUGACCGGCACGACCUUUAUUGAUGGUAUCGGAACUAAGCUGUUCCAGAUCAUUUGGGAUCAAUGCCGAAAAGCAGAAAAUACACCAUUGAAAUGGCGUGUUAUUCGCCGGACAAUGGCCUGGUCAAACUCGGAAGAUAAAACCGGAAUCUGGACUCAGACAAAGGAUGCUGUUUCUAAGCUCUUGAGAAAGAAGCACGCCAACAGUGCAGAUGCUCUAGAAGCCUUCAAGUAUUGCUACAAGGCGUGGGACUCGAUGAUGCCUGAUCAUGAACUGGUCGCUGAACCGGCAGAUAUUAUUGCUGAAUUCUCUACGAUCCUUGCCAAACACGUUACUUCAUCAGAGUGCCUGCAGGACAUGGACUUGCAGAUGGCCACAUCAGCUGACUUUGACAGUCCAUUCACACCAGAUACCUCUGCUCCUUCGUAUAUUCAGUGGUAUCUUUGCGGUUGCAGUCGCUUUCUACACCUUUCUGUCGCCAAGAACGACAAAUUGCCAGAGCCGGUGCAGACGCUCUUAGCUUUACCAAGUACCUCUACCAAAGUAUGGGACGGUUUACUGAGCAACGAUAUUAACCUCAAUGAUGCCAAAGCGUCAAGAAUUAUAAUUGACAAACUCAUCGAAGCUCAGAAACAAAGCGCUAGCGAAAAGGGAUGGCCAACUCCUGCAGCUAUGGCUUGCAUGAAUGUCUUGUCGCGCAUUCCCUCUGAUAGCUUCAACCGUUGGCAACGCGAGCAUAUUAUGGAGAUCAUUGAUAAGCAAACGUCAAAGAUUUCGAAACCUCGCAAACUAUCUAUUCAGAACUGGAGAACAAUACUGUCAUUGGCAGUUAAAGUGCUGUCACGUUCUACAUUUCACAAAAGAAUGACGUUUGAAACUCUUCAAUCAUUCUCAUCUACUCUGUUUGCAUGGUCGAACGAGGAGUGCAAGACAGAAGAGGAAAACCUGGAGAUGAUCUCAAGAUUCUCUUCACUAGCUUGUGCGCAUGUCAAGCAAAUGGCCGAAAUAGAUGAUGAACGAAGUUCUGUAUACUUUACUAGUGCGAUGGCUUUUGUAAAGGGUGGCGACGCCAAUGAUAUACAUGCAUUCGACAUCAUUCUACACAAGGCUAUCGCUACUGAGCUAGCUGAUUCUUCGCGAGGCGAUGGAAAUGCUGCAACAGGUGCCUUGCUUCAAGCUUCAAGAAACCAAAUUGCAGCUAUAGCAAUGCAUACUAUUAAGAAAUACGUGGAAGACAAGAAGCUUCUAAACAGCCAAGAGCCUCAACAGCAGCUGCAACUGUUUGCUAUGAUAGAUGCUGCAAGUGUUUUGAGCGAUUUGUCCGAAACGCUUGAGGGCAAGUUAGCUUCCAGUAAGAAGCUAGAAAAGCGGACUUUUGAUGAGAUGCAGCAAGGGCACGUAAAAAGCUGGCAAAUUCAACUUUUCUUGCGCAAGCACCUCCCUUCGUCCAUCAAGAACACCAGGCCCGUCAAGUUCGCCGGUGUAUCAGCAUUACCUCAACGACUGCGUCAGACCUUCCUCGUCGAAUAUGUUAACACUAUUGUGGCUCCUAUGGCCAUAGGCGACAAAGUACAAUUUCUUCGCGAUGUAAUUGCUGAACAUACCACUGGUUGUGAUGCAGAUGGUCAGGCAAAGGCAAUUUUUCUCAUCAUUAGACAGAUAAUGGAUAUGUCAGAAACAUUUGAAAAACAAGACGGCUUCGAUCUAUCAGCAGCAUAUAGCGAGCUCAUAUCUAGCCUUGCCUCUUCACCUGCAGCGCAAGGUGUAGACAUUUGUCGCAGCUUGUACACCUUGUUGGAGAGAAGACCUCAAACCAUCAGCCAGUGGAAUAUCGAAAUAACCUUGAGCACGAUAUGUGAUCUGGUCUCCACCAAUGUUCAGCGAGAGGUUAUGGUUCCAUACAUCUGGCUGUGCAAAUUGGUUGAGGUGAUUAUCAAGAAGCACCGACUUCGUUUGGAAGGCCACUAUCAUUUGCUUCUUGCCACCAUUCAAACGCUACUACGGGCACUUAUCACCCAGCCGCCGGGCUCUGGCUCUCUCGAGCAGACUUCCCGAGAUUCUCAGGCACAAGCAUUUGCCCGAUUGGUCACUCUGAUUUGCGAACCGACUGCCGGUGCCGUAUCGCGUUCUCAGCAUCAGGGCAGCCUUGAUUCGGCGACUGAUGCUGCCAAACGAACUGCUGGUCGUCAUAUGUACUUGGUAUUAACACAAUAUGUCAAACUUCAACUUGAAGUCAACGUUCCGCGAUCAGUUUCGGAAACCCUAGAACCGGCCUUCAACGCAAUUUUUGACGUUACGCCACCUGAAGGACGAAAGAUCCUUAAUGAUGGCAUGGAUGCAAGCGGAAGAGCCAUUUUGAGAGAAAUGUUCAAACGAUACCAAAAGUUUGGAAAAUGGAGCGGUGUAUAGACUUCAAAUACGCUUGUACAUUAUUUACUUUAUGCACAGUUGAGGUUUCCAUGAUUACUUUAGCAUUUACAUACAUUAUGAUACACUUCUCACUAUUACGGCCUUUUGUAACAACUCCUCAUUUACUCAGCCCGUGCUUUGUAAGUGCUAGGAUGACCAUUCUUCUUGCCAAACUUGCGGAUCUUUCCAUGUAAAUCGGGUUGGAUGAAGAUCCAGACAAUAGCGACAAGCCAAGCACCGAGGAUAUCGACCAACCAGUUGUUGCGAAAUGCGCCACCUAAACUGCCCAAACGCAUCAAGUUACCCAGCCAGUUCACCGUAACGUAGUAGUCACCGUUCUCCAAGCCACGAAUAGAGGUGCGAGCAACUUCGUCAGGAGUUUGCUUCGGGUCAUCAGCCUCUAGAAUCUUGGUUAUCUCGGGUUUUGUGAGAUUUUCGUUUUGGAAACCAGGUGAGAGAAUUGUGCCGGGGAAGACCACGUGCACCUUAAUGUUCUGAGGGUAUAGCAUCACUUCUUGAGACAGAGUAUCGGCAAGACCCCGAAUAGCCCAUUUAGAAGGUGCAUAGGGGGCAUAUCCGGGAAUAGUGUAGAAUGCCACAACACUGGUAGUCAUGAUGAGAUGUUUUGGCUCUUUGUCCACUGGCGCGUCUGGCGCAGCCCAUUGCUUGAGGAUGGCUUGGCUCAUUUCGGUUGUUCCAUAGAAGUUGAUAUCCAUUUGUCGACGAAGGGACUCCAUUGACAUAUCGACGAAUAGCUCCGGGGUAGAGGUACCCGCGAUACACCAGACAACGUCAACCGCCUUGCCAUCAUUCCAGGUCGUGGCUUCUUCAAGGACAGGCGUGGCAUAUGAUGGCUUCGACA